AAGCGAUACAGAAAUUAACACAUAAAUUGUUGAAAGUAUUUUCUACCGCAAAUUGAAAUAAAAAUGGCUAGCAGAUGGAAAAUUUUCGGCUUGCUGAUGUACAAAAAUUUAAUAAUACGCAAAAGGCAUUGGCGUAUGACAAUUUUCUUACAAGCUUUAGUACCCAUUGCAUUAAUUGCGUUACUGCAAACUAUAAGAGAUUUCAACGUUCAAUCGCCAGUUGUGGUGAACGUUAGCACGCUUUAUCCUGUACAAACACAACAGGAUUUAAUGCAGAAAAUUGAUAAUGAUGAACAUCAAGUGUAUUAUGUGCCAAAAAAUGCACAUACAGACAAGAUUAUGCAUUCUAUCAGAAAUUGUCUUGAUAGUCUCCUGCCUCACAAUAUUAUUGGUUUUACUAAUGAGACUGAAAUGAUAAAUGCUUAUAUACGUGCCCAGGCUCAAGAUCGAUUUAUUACUGUAGCAGUUAUUUUUGAACAAUAUAACAAACAUACGUUAAAAUAUAAAUUGAGGCAUUCACGGAAGAUUCCAAAUAAUUUGUACCAAAGCGCAUUAGAGAUUGGCCUUAGGAGUAUGUCCCCUACAAUAUAUUUUGAAGACAUUCCACUUACUCAAGUUCAGAUUUGUGUAGAUGAAGCGUUUAUAAAGGGAGCAGCAGCAAAUUCCAAAGUUAAG